GGGGCGAGGAGUGCCUGCGCGAGCUGAGUGAGUGCUUACGCAGCAGCGAGAUCCGCGCUGGGAUAAUUAGAGAGGAGUUGGGCAGAGCCGAGUCCUCUUUUAGUACCGGCAGCUGCGGCGGCAAUAGCGGCCGCAGCCGGAGGGGCGCGCCUGACUCCCGCCGCCCGGGCGCGCACAGCAAGAGGCCCGCGCCCACCGCCCCGGCGGCUCCGGGUUCACAAAGGCGGCGGCCCCCCGUGUGGCCUUCUCCAUCCAGACGUUCGAUUCUCGAUCCCUUCUCUCCUGAAGGCGAGAAUGGCAGGGCUGGAUGAGGACCCGGGACAGCGGUGGCCCUAGCUCUGCACCCCCCACCCCUCCUGCUGGGAGUGGCAGCCGGCUGCUCGCGGAAGAUGUGGCCACGGCUGCUCCCCAGUGCGUCUACGGCCGGUGUCCCCGCUACCGCCCCUCUUCUCUGCUGGAUCCAUCCCACCGAGAGGAGUUGAUGUGGCUGUCGCCGCCGCCGUUGCUGAAGCCGCGGCUGAUGGAUGCCAGGGAGUGCCGCAUUGCUUAGCGUCCGCGCCUCCGGGUUUGCUGAUGCUCUCUCCCCGCCUGCAGCUCAGCGCUGAAGAGCCACCUUAUUAUUAAUCAGAAUUCCCAUCGUUAUCCCUAGCAGGAGCAUCCUUCCGUAGGGACCGCAGAAGCAUCACAGUGCUGGGGCUGAGAUGUGCGUGGUGUUUGUUUUUGUUACAUCUUGGGAGAGAAGAGGACAGUACCCAGAUCAGCACCACCCGUGCUGGGUGCGAUUAGGGGUAUUUUGUUAGGAGAGUGAAAGGACGAGAAGAGGAGCGCUGGGACCGCCAGAGGUCCACAUCUUUUUAAAGGAAAGGGAAGAGGGAAACAAAGUGGGGGCGUUGUUUUUAGGGGGUGGGGAAAUAAGUUUAUAUUCUACAUAGAAAAGCUGUUGGAAAGCAGGAGCAACAGGGUACUUGAUUGGACACCACGACAAAUCAUUUCCUGUAAAGAAGAGGAAGCAGGCAGCAUCGAGUUCUGGAGGUCAGAGUGUAGUGGUGACAAGAACCAGGUUUGUUGCGGGACAGUCAUUAAGAAGAAAGGAAGGCUUGGGAAAAAGUAGAGCAAUGACUCAUUUACAAGCUGGGCUCUCUCCUGAGACCCUGGAGAAAGCGCGCCUGGAGCUCAACGAGAACCCAGACACACUGCACCAGGACAUCCAGGAGGUGAGGGAUAUGGUCAUCACCAGACCGGACAUUGGCUUUCUGCGCACAGAUGAUGCCUUCAUCUUACGCUUCUUGCGGGCCAGGAAGUUUCAUCACUUUGAGGCCUUCCGCCUCCUGGCCCAGUACUUUGAGUACAGGCAGCAGAACCUGGAUAUGUUUAAAAGCUUCAAGGCCACUGACCCUGGCAUCAAGCAGGCACUGAAGGAUGGUUUCCCUGGGGGCCUGGCCAAUCUGGACCACUACGGCAGGAAGAUUCUAGUCCUUUUCGCUGCCAACUGGGAUCAGAGCAGGUACACACUGGUGGAUAUUUUGCGUGCAAUCUUACUGUCGUUAGAAGCCAUGAUUGAAGAUCCUGAGCUUCAAGUGAAUGGGUUUGUUUUGAUCAUAGACUGGAGUAACUUCACCUUCAAGCAGGCCUCUAAACUUACACCCAGCAUGCUGCGAUUGGCUAUUGAAGGCCUUCAGGACAGUUUCCCAGCACGAUUCGGAGGAAUUCAUUUUGUCAACCAACCAUGGUAUAUCCAUGCCCUGUAUACUGUGAUCCGGCCUUUCCUAAAGGAGAAGACUCGGAAAAGGAUAUUUUUGCAUGGUAACAACUUGAACAGUCUACACCAACUAAUUCACCCCGAGAUCCUACCCUCUGAGUUUGGAGGAAUGCUGCCGCCUUAUGACAUGGGAACUUGGGCAAGAACACUGCUAGACCAUGAGUAUGAUGAUGACAGUGAAUAUAACGUGGACUCCUACAGCAUGCCAGUGAAAGAAGUAGAAAAGGAACUCUCCCCCAAGUCCAUGAAGAGAUCCCAAUCAGUAGUGGAUCCUACAGUACUAAAACGCGUGGAUAAAAAUGAGGAAGAAAACAUGCAACCUUUGCUGUCUCUGGACUGAUAACUUCUCUGCACUCCCCAUGGAUUAGAAAUGGAAGGAUGAUGGAAUCGUGAACCAAGAAUUAUAUCCCCCUCUCCGAAGUUUUCUGUCAAUAUUUGAGCUUUAUCUUCAGAAAUUAUUCUAACAUCAUUGGACCCUAUAUCACACAAAUGACUUUCACUUAUUCUUGAAGAAACAGCAAGAUACCUCAGAUGAAAAGUCAUUUUGAGCUUGAAACUAUAAUAAAUUGUUUUUCAAUGAAAAAAAAUUCCUAGUCAAUUCCAAUUUAAAAUAUUGAAGGAAGUUAAAAGACCAUUAUUCCUCCAACAUCGGAAGCCAGAUUAAGAGAAAAUGCCUAUUUGGUUACUUUUACUAGAACGGAGAAGGAAAAGAGGAGGGAAAGAACUUAUGAUCACACUUUCUCUAAAACAAUUAUAAGAUAAAUAAGGAAGUUUUUUGGUGUUUCUAAGAUCUUCCCAUGAUGUACAAAUCUAUAUAUUAUGACCAUUUAGUCUAUGAACUCACUUAACAGAAGUCUUAUAUCAAUUAGGUUUUAUAUUUGAUAUCGUUACAUGUUUUUUAUUUUGAAAAUUUAUAGUUGUGUCACCACAUGACAGCAUUGCUCAUGCUCAUGUAUUUUAACUGGCUUUCCAACUUUCUCUUUCUUCUUCAUAUUUUAAUUGCAGCUACCAUUUUCUGAACCUUAUAAUCAUAUUUGUUAUCCUCAAAUAUCCCUAUGCUUUUAUUUCCUACUAUUUGGACUGACUUCUCCAUAACUUUAGUAACCGAAUAUCUUAGAUAUUGGUUCUUGAUGUGACGUGUUUCUGAUUUUUAUCCUUUGCAGUUUAUCUUUUAAUUUUUACCAAACCUAUGUUAUUCCCUUUUAUCCACUACACUGUGGUGCCUUUCUCUACAUUGUAAUAAUUCAAGCCUUCAGUUUUAUAAUCUCCUAUCAGGCCUUCUAUUAUGAAGACACUAAAAAGAAAGGAUUGGCAGAUGGUAUUGAAGAAGGAACUAUAACCUAAAGAGUAAGGAUAGAUGUUUUAAAAUGUUUCCAGAAGACAACCAGUCUUUCAGUGGCUUUGUAAUGGGUACUAUGUAACAUAUUGGUAAUCAGUAUAGACCAUGUUUCUUGUCAAUCACAUCAAUAUAUGGCAUGAGGAUUAAUGAAUAAUUUGGAAAAUCUAUAGAGAAGAAACUAAAUUGCUCUUGCUCAGGAAAAAAGUCAUAAUUUUCUUAUGUUUCUUACCAUUUAAUCUUUGACAGUUUGUACAGUGGAAGCCAUUUGCCGCUGUGCCGUCCUUUUUUGCCAAUCUUCAAGAAUGUGUUUAGCAUCCCUUCCAAAAUAAAGUGUUCAAGCUCAAGUAUACACAAUACAAGGACGAUACUGUAGUUUAUGUUGUCUUCUACUAAAUUUUGUUUCUUUUCAGAAUUUAUUUUUAUGAUUGAUUCCUAGUAAUACCAUUCUUGGUAAAUUUUCUUAAUUAUCUACUCAUUUUUAAUGGCUAUAGUAAUUUUACAGGUCACUGUUAUGUUCUUAAAACCAUAGUAUGAAUGUUUCAGUUAAUGUCUAGAUCAUUUCAUGUCUUUUUUUUGAUUUCUGAGAAUGAAUGGAGUUCUGUUAAAUAAAAUGGCACUAAAUGAAAUUUCAGAUUCAGAAAUGUGAAUUUGCACAUAUGCCCUUUCAAUCUUUUUAACAUAAGCCAAAUUUAGAAAACAUGUCAAAGAGCUAUUAAUAAAUUUAUCAUUAAAAUAUGGGGCAUACGAAAUUGAUGUUAGUAUUUGGAAGUACAAAAUGCUUUUAAAUGUAUGGUCAUAUUGCACUGUUAUUUUGAAUUUAUUGUUGAUUAAAUCAAAUAUAUUUGAUAAAAUUGGUAUACACCCCAAAUCAUUAGAAAGUCACUUCUUGACUUCUAGAAUGAUAGAAUGGAGAUGGGAGUUAUAAAGCCUUCCCUUGAAGUAGUGGAGUGGUUUGGAUGAUGUUUUCAGUUUAUCUCAUUUUUAACAUUGACAAAUAUUUAUUGAGCACUUACUCUGCCCCACGCACUUUUCUAGGUUCCAGGGUUAUUGUAGUAAACAAAACAAAGCUCCUGCCCUUCUGAAAGUCACAUUUUAGAGGAGAAGGCAUACAAAAAGCAUGCAAACAAAGUUAUAUAUUGUUUUAAGUGAGAAUGAAGUCUUUACUAGUUUAAUUUGUGUGACCUCUGGUACUGUUUCCUCAUCUGUGAAAUGGAGCAAUAAUUGUAUCUAUAAUAUGAGCUAGAUAUUGAUAAUCGGGCCCCUUUAUUUUCAUGGGAAAAUGCAAUAUAAUCUCAUAAAAUACUGUUUUGGAGAUGGCUGUUAGGGUUCUUUGGUUCUUUCCUUUCUGCUGAGCCCUGGAGGUGGUUGCUAGGGUUUUAACUGCUCAGGGGAAAUGCAUCUCAUAAUCUGCCUUUCAGGGUCAUCCGGAGGUGCCAGUUUCUGCCCAAUUUUGUCCCUUUUAAGGUAAAUUCUGUACUGCUUUAAUUCAUUGCAACUGAAAAAUAAACAUCGAUUUUCAUUGGAAAAGGCAAAAAAGGACCAAAGAUAAGCAAAUUCUGAUAAAGUGCACAAUUUAAACUUUUCAUUUAAUCUGUUAUUUUCCCUUAUUCAUAGGCAAAACAACAAACCAGGUUUUCCUGGAUAGGUUUGGGUAUAUUUUAUGUACCACAGUUAAGGGAGUUCUGACCAUUGUGGUUCCAGAGGUGCCAAUUUAGGUAGUAUUAAAAGGAUUACUUCCUGCUAGUAUGUGAAUUUAAUAAGCUUUGUUUUUUUAGAAAGUGGUCAUAUUAUAAAGAACUUUGAGAAGCUCAUCUUGGGAAAGUCUCAAAAUAUGGGCAGAGUAGAGGACACCAUGAAUAUUGAUUAUAACUCCUCUAGGAGGAGCCAUGAGUAAAUAAAUAUUUGUUUUUAUGAAAUAAAGAAAAAAACAGCAAGCAACUCCAUCUAAAGGAAACAGGCAGCUUCCUUAGUUCUUUUUUUUUUUUUUCUUUUUCUAUUUUAUUGGGGAACAGUGUUUUUCCAGGACCCAUAAGCUCCAAGUCAAAUAGUUGCUUUUUGUUUUGUAUUUCAAUCUAGUUAUGGAGGGCACAGCUCACUGGCCCAUGUUGGAAUCGAACUGCUGACUUUGGUGUUAUGAACACUGCACUCUAACCAACUGAGCCAACCGGCCGCCCCAGCUUCCUUAUUUCUAGUCAUACAGACAAUCACUAAAAGAGAAUAUCUAUGUUAGGGCAGACUGUAUGCCAUGCUAAUUAAUGAACAGAAGAUCGAGUCUAAUUUCAUAUACUGACUUUAACAAAAGAAUAUUGCAGAUCAUCAACAAUUGAUUCAUUACAUUUAUGAAGAACAAUACCAGAUAAUCUAUUAUGAUCAUAAUAAAGCAUCUUGUUUCUGGUUGUAGGAAAAUAUAGACACCCUUCAGAUUGCCCAGUUUUGAAUUAUUUGUUUGUGAAGUUUUUAUAAAUUUAUUUUCCUUGUUUAUUAUAUACUGAAAAUUUUAGCCAGUAUCUAGAAAAAAGUUGUGGUUUUUACACAAUAUAUUUACUAAAAGGUAUUUGAAAGCAUUUUUCUAGAGCAAAGGACUUUCAACCCUAUUUUGCCACAGUUGCUCUUUUGUCAUUUAAUGGGCAUUAUAAAGAUGUUUUAACAAAAUUUGUUCAAGGAUAGUAAAACAAACUAUAGAUAUAAUUUAAGAGUUUCAAAAACUAGAAAUGUGUAAGCAUAUUUUUAACUUGGAAUAAUUAUGAGGAUAUUUGUUAAUUAUUCAACAUAUUAGUUUAAAGGAAAUUGACAAAAAGAUAAUUAUUAACACCUAAGUAAAAAUCCUAAAGAAGUUUUUUAUCCCUCAGGCAUGGCCCCCUCACCGUAACCAAAAACUACUUCUCAUUUUGCUUUCCUUGAGAAUAAUAGAUGCUACUUCUAGAAAAUUCUUUAGAGAUUAAGUUUUCUAAAUUGCUUAUUUUAUUAGUGUAUAAAUGGAGACCUAUAAAGUUUGUCUUGCUAGAAGUCACACAACUAAUUAAGGAAAAUGCUUGUAGUAGAACCAAGUAUCAACCAGUCUGGAGAUAUUGUUGUUGCUUUGAAUAACUUCUCCCUUGCUCUCCAACCCUUUUAACCUCUGUUCUGCCUGCCUAUGAUCCCAUUUCAUUUUCUCCAUUUCUCUCCAUGCCGUUUACUGUGUUUGGAAUUCUCCACCAGUAUCAUAUUAGGUAAGCAUCUGCCAACACAAAGAGGCAAUACUCAGGGAUAUUCAAAUUAGAAACAGAUUGUACAUAUCUGCUAUUCCCAGCCUUUUAGGAUCUUAGCAAUCAAUAGAUGUGGGUGACCCCAGUCAUGUAGAAAGAUGAAACUUUUUCAAGCCUACGUCUAAGGAAAAUGGUCGUCACUCAUUGAAGUUGGCUUGCUUGUGUUGAGAAACAUGUGUUCCUUGAUUUCAAGAAAAUAUGACGGGGUGCAGCUCAAUACGGCUACUCAACUUAGCUCUUGACUAUCUUCUCUACAUUUGUCAAUGAUUUAAGGCAAGUAGAAGGCCAGGAUGUUGGAGACUUUUGCUAUCGUGUGGCUGCCAAGCAGUUAUGUGGUAUAUAGGAGGGCUGUGGUACCGUUUGGGAGAGAGCUUCCCAGCGUUUUCCCUGCUACAUUAUCUAUGAUGCGCUUUUCUCAUAGAAUUUACUAUAGGAAUUUAAUGGACUGGAAUCUUUAAAAGACUGGAUUUUCUCAAAUCUUAAAAAAAAAAAUUGGAGAGAAGCGUGGAUCUUAACUGGUUAAUCUAAGCAUACAAAAGUGUUUAAUUCAGUUCACAAGAAGAGAAUAAAAAGACUGCAUCAGAUUUUACCUGAGGUUAUCUCAGCAUUUGUGUUGUUGAGUUUGGGAAAGGUGGCUUUGCAGUUAUUUGGCUACUCUCAUUUUACAUGACUGCUUUUUCAUGACUUUUAAAUUAAUGUGUGAAAACACUGCAUUAGAACCAUACUGAGAAUAUAAAUGUUACAGAGAAUCAUACUCUCUUAUUUUAGCACAUUAAAAAACAUAGUAUUUAUGACACUGUUGUAUUCUAAAUUGAGAGUAAUCUAUUUUAAAUAUUAUUUAUCUUUGGUAAAAUAAAUUAUGGUUAAAAACAGCAUAGCUCUAUAUAUCAUACCACAUACUAUGAUAAAUUUCAAAUGCAUUACAAAUUUUCAAAUAAAAAUCAGGAAGCCGUAGAUGUAUCAGUAGAAAGCAUGAAAGAAUGCCUUGAUAAUCUUGAAAUAGAGGCCUUUUAUCCCUAUAAUUCAAAUUCCAAAACGAAAAAAAAGGAUACUUUAGACUAAAUGAAAUUCAAAAAAUUUCUGCAUGGAAAAUAAUUAUAAGCAGAGUCAAAAGCAAAUGACAAACUAGAAAAAAAUUUUAACUCAUGUCAUAGACUUAGAACCAAGUUCUCUAAUAUAUUAAAAGGUUUCUAGGAAGUGAGAGGAAAAGGAAAAACCUAAUAGAAAAAUGGGCAGAUGAUAUAAACAGAUGGUUUUCACAAAAGAAAAUAUAGUGUCUCUAAAAAUAUGAAAAGAUGCUAUCCUAUACUCCAAAUGAGAGAAGUAGAAAUUCAUUUGAAUUGUGGAGUAUGUUGGUAAUGCACUCUUUCUCCAAGGCUGUGGGAAAAUAAGCUCUCCUUUAUAUUGCUCUUAGUAUAUAUGAAAAUUUGGCAAUGUCUAUCAAAACUAAAAAAAGGAAGUGGACUUUGACCUAGCCACUCCACUUUGGGGAAUUUAUCCUUCAAACAUAGUCUCUCACAUGAGAAAUAUUUCACAGGAUAUAUUCAAAUGUAUUUCUAAGGAUAUUCAUAGGAUAAUUACAAAAACAAAAAAUUGGAAACAAAUGUUAAAAAAUAUGACAUAUUCAUGGAAAAGAUACUAUACAGAUUUGAUAUAAUCUGCUAAAAUAAACCAUGAUACCAUACAAAUCUAAAAAAAUAAGGGAACACUUUAUCUACUAAAAUAAAAAGAUUUCUAAGACAUAUUCAGAAAGAACAGCAAACUAUAAAAUAGUGUACAGAAUAUCUCAUGUAAAAAAGUGAGGAGGGGAAUAAAAAAUAUUCAUAUGAACUUGUAUAUUAAAGAAAUACAGAAAAAUAUACAGGGAUUAAUGACAUUGAUUGUUUGUUGGGGGAAUCGGAAAUUGGGUGGAUUGAGACAAGGGUGGGAAGGAAAUUUUCACUGUCCACCUUUCCACGUUUUUUAAAUCUUUGAUCUUUGUGAAUGUAUUAUUUAUUGAAAAAUCAAAUAAAAAAUCUUAAGAACUUUUUAUUGUCUUAAACCGUUUUGACAUUGCUAAUAGUGAAAAAGUUUGUAGUAUAUAUACAAAAUAACAGGAGUACGCAUGUAUCCACCACUAAGCCUAAGAUACAAAGGAUUUAAAGUCAUUACCAAUAGUUUUAAAUCCUCCUUCAUGUCUCUACUUAUGCCCUCUGAUUUCUGCUUAAAGGUAACUAUCCAAAACUAUGUUGAUUAUUAAUUUUGUUUUCUCUAUAGCUUUACAACUUAUGUGUAUAUUUCUUAAAAAUACAGCUUUGCAAAAGUUCA